AUGCCGAGCCUGUUCGGAAAGUCGGGAUCCACUCUUGGCCGUGCCAAGUCCCGACACAAGUCCAUACGGGGUACUAUCUCCGCUCCGAUCCCGAUCCCCACGUCUCCGGUCGGCGGUGAUUUCCCCUUCCAGAACCGCAUGUCUAUCAAGACGACCGUGACUGCCGAUGAUGACUUGCUCACGAGGAGACCCGGAACUGGCGCCACACCGCCCGGUCCUGUAAACGAUGGUCCCAAGCCUGAUGAGCCGUCCGUUCAGUCUGAUCUACACCGGUCGGAAGAUCUACCUGCCCCGCGGACGAGAGAUGGCUCUGCUUCCUCGGGCGGUGUCUCAGCCAGCCGCUCGAAUGCACCGGAUGAGAAACCGUCCACGCCGCCACAACCUCUCGGGGCUGGAGAAGCACUUCAGCGCACUCCAUCCCGGUCGCCGUCUCGUAAAUCGCUACAGAGGAGGACAUCUCCAGCUAGAACAUCGCCAUCUGGAGUUUCGGCCCCGGCUGGGAGAGCUACAAACCCAGCGCUUAGCAGUACCGUCCGGUACUCUGUCAUCAGCGACACCCCGAGCAAACAGACGACACAGGGUACUCCUGUUCGAAAGAAGUCUACGUUCCGGUCUGCACUGGAGAAGAUCUUUGGCAGGGGCAGGAAGAAGAGCAAUGAAAUGGAUCCUACGCCACCGAACUUGACACAGCAUGCACAGCAUGCACAGCAUCGCAGCGUAAGUCAUGAUCUGGGUCCUGAAGGCUACAAGACGACUGACAGCCUUCAGGAUCCCUCUGCUCUGGUCAGACCGGCCGCGCCAUCCCCUAAGCGCUCGGCCUCGGCUCCUAUCAGCGAGUAUGACCGGCCUUUGCGGUCACACUCUAUCGGGCCCGAGGAUAUCAUGAUGAUUGAGAGUGCCCGGAACUCGCUACAUGCCGAUGCCGCUGGCAUUGCGACCGCACAGCCAGCUGAACAGACUCGUCGGCGUGCUGCGACGACUGGCAACCCCCUGUUGUUCAGACCACACCUGCAUAACCAGGAAUGGGGUCAUGGAUUAUCACCACGGCCAGCCAGUGCUCAGGGUCGCAGGAGUCGCCUCGGCAUCCAGACCGACCUCGAGGAUCCCAGUGAGAUUGGCCGUGCCAUCACUAGCGACAGCGGCCACGGCACGCGCAGGAGGUCACGAAGCCUCUCCGGGCUCCAGGACCUCGCCAGCAUGCAAUCCCACUCCCGAAGACGCAGCGACGAGAUCCGCUACUGGAGGGAGUCCUACGACCCAGGCUUCACGUCCCCCAUAUCUUCCAACAUCCAAGGAGACAUCGACGACACCGCCGCCGGGGACCCCAGCGCCCCGGUCAGCCCUACGACCGACCGCGCGCCGAGAUCCCCUCCGCAACCGCCCUUCAGCUUCGGUACCGUAAAAGAAGAAGAAGCCGCCGCCGAAGACCCUGCCCCGCAAGAGGAAGUCCCCAUCGAGACCCGCGUCGUUGGGCUAGAAGCCCGCACCGCCCAUCUCGAGCAGCUCGUGGACAAACUCUCCCGUCUUGUCCCCGGCUUUGACGACGCCGCCCAGCAUCACAUCGACCUCGAUGCCCGGUCGCAAGUCUCCAUCGGCGAGGCCGCCACCAACCCCGGCUCACGAGCCUCGCCCCGCGGAGGGCAAUCCCCUCGCUUGCCAUUCAGCCCUGCCUUUAACCCUGUUGUGCGUGGGGCGUCGAGUUUGCCUAUCCUCGGCGGACAGAAGCACUAUCAUAGCCUUAACAGGGAUGAGGUCAUCGCCGAGCUGAGGAAUGAACUCGAAGCCGAGCGCGCAGCCCGUCAAGUCCUCGAGGCGCAGGUGAAGAAGUUAUCGGAGCGGGUGAACACCCUCUCCACGACGAUGUUUGCUAUGGUUCGGGGGCCGUCCGAGACGAGGCUGCAAGAGAGGUUGGGCCCCCCUGCGCAAGCGGCGAAGGUAGUGCCUAUUUCGCCUUUGCCUCUACCCAGGAAGGUCACCGUCCCGAGGCCGGUCAGGCAGAUACCCGUUCAGCAACAGCAUCAGCAGGAGGAGGCGACGAGGUCGGUAUUUGAGAGUAGUGAUGAGGACGACGAGACCGACACUGAAGACGAGGGUACCCCGAACACAAAGAGGCCGUAUACGCUGUCGCUGUCGACGACAACCGCGUCGAGAGCGGUCGCUAGGGGGGAUGGUCGGGAGCAAGAGACGGCGGCGGCGGCGGCGGCGGAGGAGGAGGAGGAGGAGGAGUAUCAGACUCCGAAGGAGGAGGCGAGGGUGCCUAGGGGGGCGUUCGGUGAGGUUUUGAGGGAUGAUUAUGAUGAUGGUGAUAACGGGGAGGGGCAAAAGGGGGAAGGGGAGGAGAAGAGGAAGAAAGCGGCGAGGACGCUGAGUUUGAGUCAGCUUACUAUGAGAAGGAGGGGUGUUUGA